AUGAAGAUUUUCACGCUGUAUACCAUGAUUCAGCAAUACUUUUUUGAUAAUGGCGGUGUUUAUAGUAUAAAGAAUUUUUAUUCUGCAGUUCCGAAGGAGAAAAUGAACAUAAUUCUUGUUUCACUUGAUUGUGAGCUCCAAAAGCUUGCUCUUAAGCUGUCAAAGAAAACUAGUGGCACUCACACUACGCACUAG